AUGUUGUUGGAGUUCGAAGACGUCAUAAACGAUAUUGAUACCGUUCACUUGCCAUACGGGACGGCUCUUACUGUUGCCGCUGGCGCCGGCAGCACAGAUGCCGCAAAACUCCUCCUGGACCACGGAGCAAAUCCCGACAUUACAGGUGGCAUAUACUACGAUCCUCUCACAGCCGCCGCUUCGUCCUUCAGCUUCGACAUCUCCCUGUCGGCUAGAUCCGCCCAGAUCAUGGACACCAUCCUUCGGGAGACCGUUUACGUACAGAUUCGCUCUGAGACAGGCCUGAGCUUGUUCCACAUUGCAUGCACAGCCGGGAGCUUGGAAAUGGUUGAGGUGAUUAUCAAGAAGUUAAGGGAGCAGGCGGGCCCACUGAACAUAACAGACAGGGAGGACAGCACGCCACUGCACUUUGCUGCAAUAAACACAUCAUCGUCCGUACUCGCGUACCUAUUGGGACUCGGCUGUGACUCGCUAGAUCCAAACGCCAUGAAUGCACGCGGCUUCACUCCCCUUCACACGGCAUUUACCACUGGCACGCUGGAGAGCAUUAACUUGCUUUUGGGAGCCGGUGCCAACAUCAACGUUAUCGGUCCAGAUAAAAUCACAAUGCUUCACUUGGCGGCCCAAAACUUCCAAAACCCCGAGGUUUUGGACCUCCUCUCGGAGAUGGACGUCAACUCGCGGGACGAGUGGGAUAGGACGCCCCUACAUAUAACAUGCGGGUACGGCGCUCCAGAGGCGGUAGAGUGGCUGCUCGAUCACGGCGCAGAUCCGACUGUACUGGACGACACAGGGAGGAGCGCUCUCCACUUUGCCUGCCAGAACCAGAUACCCGGAAGCGAGAGAAUUCUCGAAGUCUUGUUGAAGAAGGGGUUGUCGCCUCGAGAUAGGGACUGCGGCGGCAGCACACCGCUUCACCUAGCUUUCCACGAUCCAAAGGAGGCGCAUAACGACUUGUUCUGGACGCAAUACGUGAAGGGCCACUGGGACAGCUUCUCAGAGACGGAGUGUAUGAAUAAAGUCGUCCAUCUCUUAGUUGCGCUAGACGGAUAUGAAGACUUGAAGGAUCUGCGGGAUGGGAUGGGCAACACCAUAUUGCAUCUAGCCUGCUGGAGGGGGAUUGCAGACCUGGUUCUGCUGUUGCUCUCUAUGGACGCAAGGACUGACUUGCGUGAGAAUAGGGGUUUCUUGCCGCACGAGCUCAUGGAGUCUUCUGAGCUCAGACAAUAUGUUGAGGGUAGGAUAGAGGCUCUCAACGGACGAAAGGCCCUAGGAGACGCCUCCAAGCGUUCUGCUUAA